GAUGGCAUUGUUAAAAUCGUUCGUUAUGAAGGGGUCACAUCAUUAUGGCGAGGACUUUCACCUGGAUUAGUAAUGUCUGUUCCCUUGACUGUAGUCUAUUUUGUUGGAUAUGAUUCUAUUAGAGAUUCAUUAUGGAAACAUUGGAAAGGGAAAUACUCUGAAACGUAUUCACCGCUAGUGGCUGGAACCCUUGCAAGGACAUUUUCGGUCUCAGUGAUAUCACCAAUAGAAUUGCUUAGAACCAGGAUGCAAAGUCCAGAAGGUAUAAAUGGUUUAAAAGAUGUUAUGAAGGGUGUGCAAGAGAUGGUCAGAAGAAAUGGUAUCACAUCAUUAUGGCGAGGUUUAGAACCUACGUUAUGGCGGGAUGUUCCAUUUUCAGCCAUAUACUGGACAGGUUAUGAAUCAAUAAAAAGAAACUUUAGUAAUUAUCUACGAAACAAAAGUAUCGAUGGAAAUAUAAAUAAUUUUUCAGUUGCCUUUGUGAGCGGAGCUACUUCUGGCAUGAUUGCAGCAACAUUAACAACUCCUUUUGAUGUGGCAAAAACUCAACGACAAGUUGCUUCACAUUCAAAGAAAAAUCCAAGCAUGGUUAAAAUUAUGCAAAGAAUAUUUCAUGAGGAAGGAUAUCAAGG